AUGGAGAGUAAAGAAGGCGAGCGUGGGGAGAUGGAUUCUCUCUCUGUUGCGGGGGGCUCUGCAGGGGCCCCUGAGGGGGCUGAGGCCCAGCCUGGUGUGGUGCUGGGGGAGCCUGAGAGGCCCCCCAGCGAGCGAGCUGCUGCCCCGUUAGAGAAAGUGGUGACCUCUGCUGCCGAGGAGAGAGAACGCAAGGCUAUGAAGAGAGACAGGGAGAGCGUACAUGUGCUGCAUUCCUUCCCCCUAACGAGAGGAGUAGCAGCAGAGCAGCAGCAACAGCAACAGCAGCAGCAGCAGCAGCAGCAGCAGGAGCAAGUGAAUUCUGGCCUGAUAGGCUCUGAGGGGCUGACGCCAGCUAAGGAUUUGGUGGAGGAGACGAUGGCUGCGUUUGGGGAGAUGCGGGGCUGGGAUCGAGUGAAGGCGUUCCCGUCUCUCUUUCUGUUUCUACCGGCCACAGAUUUCUGGCUCAAUGCUCUUUCUCUGCUGGGUAUGGUGUUGUCUGCUGGGGUGUUCGUGGCGGGUGCAGCAAGCGGGGGAGUUGUGCUGCUGCAGUGGCUGCUGUAUCUGACGCUGGUGAGCGUGGGCCAGGAGUGGUAUGGGUUUGGGUGGGAGUCGCAGCUGCUGGAGACGAGUUUCUUAGCUAUCUGGCUGUGCCCCUUCUGGAGCUGCUCUCGCUUCCCCCGCAGCUGGCCUGUCCCCUAUGCAUGCUUGUGGGGGGGCCGAUGGCUGCUGCUGCGUCUCUUCCUGGGGACGGGGCUCAGUCUACUGAGAGGAGACAGUGCGUGGCGAGACCUCUCCGCCUUGGCUUACUACUUCGAGACACAGCCGCUGCCUUCUCCUCUGGCCUGGCUCCUGCACCAUCAACACCACUGGCUGCAGGUGGCUGAGGCUGUUCUCUGUCUCCUUAUGUUCUGUGUCGUCCCCUUUCUCGCCGUGCUACCUAGCAGGCGUUGCCGCCUCAUUGGUGGGGUGUCUCUGCUUGUCUUUGGGCUCUGCAAUGCUUGUGUGGGGAACGCUGCGUUUGCCCCGUGGCUGUCUCUGGCUCCUGCUAUCCUCUGUCUCGAUGACUGCUUCUUGUCUUGUCUCUUCUCCGUCAAAACUCUAUCGAGGCUAGAAGCACUCACAUGCGGCCUGGGGGGGGACUGGUCCUGUCCCCUCAGCCAGGGCUGGCCAAUGGACUCCCCUGCUGCACCACAGCAGCAGCAACCAGUAGACGAAGAGGCACAGACACUCCUAGAUCAAUCCAACACCAGUGCGAAGGGUCAGCAAGGUGCAGGAGAAGGGCGGAAGAGGUCUUGCUGCUGCUACUACUGGCCAGACUUUGUUGCAUUCCUAGAUAGAUGCCGGUUGCCUCGGGGUUCUGUGGAUGCAGCAACAAAACACCUGGCGGAUAGAUGGUGGAAAGCAGCGAUCGAGGCCACCGUUGCUGCUGCUGUGCUGUGCUGCGCAUGGCAGCUCUCUCGCCCAGAGGCUUGCCCUGUGUGGGCUGUGUUGAGUCAGUUUUUUUUGGUGCUGCUGCAGUCUGCGUUCUCUGCUUUUGUAUCUCGCACCAAAGCUUCUUUCAUAUUCACAGAGAUUGUGCUUUCUAUAGCUACCCUCGCCAGCUUCAGCAAUGUCUUUACUAACGGGCCAGAGGUCUGGAGUGUAUGGCUGGCCUCGUGUCUCGCCACUGUCUUAGUGAUAUUUGCAUACUCAACUCUCAGAAAUGCAGCUCUUGUUAUUAAACUCCAUAUCGAGCUGCUCCUCCUCACUCUCUUCAUCGUCUUGUCCAUACCCGUCGUACAAAAUCUCCUCUCCCCCCAACAGGUAUGCAACGACCCCACUGCAUAA